CAAGCCUAAUUCAGCAAAAGCCACUGGAGCAGCAAAGUUGGGAUACACUUUGCCAAGAAAUAUUUUGCUGUUGUUUUCUUUUUCCUCUGUUUUGUGGAGAGAUUUCAUGUCUGCUCACAUGCUUUGGUAUGAGGAAGUGGAAGAUGAUUAUGAACGGGAAGAUGUUCAAAAGAAAACUUUCACAAAAUGGAUAAAUGCACAGUUUGCUAAGUUUGGAAGACGUUACAUUGAAGACCUUUUUAAUGAUUUUCGAGAUGGACGAAGACUUCUGGAGCUCCUGGAAUGCCUUACAGGCCAAAAAAUUGCAAAAGAAAAGGGCUCCACAAGAGUUCAUGCUCUGAACAAUGUCAACAAAGCACUCCAGGUUUUGCAGAGAAAUAACGUUGAUUUGGUAAAUAUAGGGAGCUCAGACAUUGUGGAUGGAAAUCAUAAGCUGACCCUUGGUUUGAUCUGGAAUAUAAUCCUCCACUGGCAG